GGGAGAGAGAGGGGGAGGAAAGCUAAAUUGAUUUAGAAAUUCGCCGGUGAAGUUGUGAUCGGAGAAAGAAGGAUGGCUGCUGCGGAUUUGGGGAUGUUGAAUCUGGAGGAAGCUCCUCCAGUUUCUGGAUCUCGAAGUGUCGAUUGCUUCGAGAAGCUUGAACAGAUUGGUGAAGGCACUUACGGGCAAGUGUACAUGGCUAAAGAAAACAAAACUGGUGAAAUCGUGGCAUUGAAAAAGAUACGUAUGGACAAUGAAAGAGAAGGGUUUCCUAUAACUGCUAUCCGGGAGAUAAAAAUUCUGAAGAAGCUUCAUCAUGAAAACGUCAUCCAUUUGAAAGAGAUUGUCACUUCUCCAGAUACGACUAGGAUGGAUCUAUUAAAAGCUUGUGGCUUCGUUACUAUUUUUGUAGAUGAUAACAAAUACAAGGGUGGAAUCUACAUGGUCUUUGAGUACAUGGAUCAUGACUUGACUGGACUUGCUGAUCGUCCUGGACUCAGAUUUACUGUUCCCCAGAUCAAGUGUUACAUGAAGCAACUGCUCACUGGGCUUCACUAUUGCCAUGUGAAUCAAGUGCUUCACCGUGAUAUAAAAGGAUCAAAUCUCCUUAUCGACAAUGAGGGGAAUUUAAAGCUUGCGGAUUUUGGGCUUGCACGGUCAUAUUCUAAUGAUCAUACUGGAAAUCUUACAAACCGUGUCAUCACAUUGUGGUAUAGGCCUCCUGAAUUGCUACUUGGUGCUACAAAAUAUGGACCUGCGAUUGACAUGUGGUCUGUUGGUUGCAUAUUUGCUGAACUUUUGAAUGGUAAACCAAUCCUGCCUGGGAAAACUGAGAGUGAACAAUUGAAUAAGAUUUAUGAACUUUGUGGAUCACCUGAUGAGAACAACUGGCCUGGAGUUUCGAAGAUGCCUUGGUUUAACCAGAUGAAAUCAACUCGGCCCUUGAAGAGACGUGUCAGGGAGAUGUACCGACAUUUUGAUCGCCAUGCACUUGAACUACUGGAGAAAAUGUUGGUGCUUGACCCUUCUCAGAGAAUAUCCGCAAAGGAUGCUCUUGAUGCAGAGUAUUUUUGGACUGAUCCGUUGCCAUGUGAUCCAAAGAGUCUACCAACAUAUGAAUCAUCGCACGAGUUCCAGACAAAGAAAAAACGGCAACAAAUGCGCCAUAACGAGGAAGCAGCUAAAAAACAGAAACUGCAGCAUCCUCCACAGCAACACUCUCGUCUGCCUCCACAGCAGCACGGUGGUGGUCAGUCUCAUGCCGCUGCACAUUGGCCUUCCGGACCAAACCACCCUAUGAACAACGCACCACCACCACCACUACCUGCUGGUGGACCUAGCGGCCACCACUACUAUCAAAAGCAACGUGGUGGUGGUGCCCCUGGUCCAAACCGGUACCCACCUAGCGGAAACCAGUCCGGUGGUUACAAUAAUCAGAGCCGUGGAGGUAGUUACAGCAGCGGAGGACCAUAUCCUCCACAAGGUCGAGGAGGUGCACCAUAUGGCGCAGGUCCUAGAGGACCUAGCAGUGGCUAUGGUGUUGGUCCACCUAACUACUCACAAGGUGGUGGUGGUCAGUACGGUGGCUCUGGAAGAGGUCAGAACCCAAGUGGUAGUGCUAGAAACCAACAAUAUGGAUGGCAGCCAUAAAGAGGAGCUCAAAGACUUCUAUUACUGAACUUCAUUUUCCCAAACAUUAUGUGAUGUUGGUGAAAUAGAUACUGAAUAUUCUGUAUGUUUGUAUCCUUUUACACGACCAAGCUUUAUAUUUAAGAACACAGCAAACCAAAUUGGAAUCUCAGAUCUUAUUACUUUUUUAUUGCAAUCAUUUGUUUCAUA